AUGGCUGACGAGAAAGCCGACUCUGCGCCCGCCGUCCGGGUCAGUGACAGCGACGAUCACGAGCAGCAGCAGGUCGCCGAGCUCAACAGGCCCAAAGGAUGGAAGUACAAGGAGCUCAAGAUUGGGGGCAUCGGCCUCUCCUGGUAUGCCUCGCCCAGCUUCCAGCUCGUUCUCGUCUCCUUCGUGUGCUUCAUGUGUCCGGGCAUGUUCAACGCCCUCAGCAGCUUGGGUGGUGGCGGCAAGACAGACAAGACGACCGCUGAUAACAUGAACAUUGCGCUGUACAGCUGCUUUGCUGUAUUUGGCUUCUUUGGCGGCUCGUUCGUCAACCGUCUCGGAGUCCGCCUGACACUUGCCUUUGGUGGCAUCGGAUACUGUCUCUACGCUAUCUCGCUGCUCGUUUCUGUCCACUCGACGCAUGUAGCUGGGUUCAACAUCUUUGCGGGUGCCUUCCUUGGUCUCUGUGCCGGCCUGCUCUGGACCGCGCAGGGCACCAUCAUGCUCUCAUACCCGGGUGAGUCUGCCAAGGGACGCGCCUUUGCCGUCUUUUGGGCCAUCUUCAACCUCGGCGGUGUCAUCGGCUCUUUGAUCCCACUUGGAGAAAACAUCAAUGUCAAGGGUAACGUCAACGUUACCGAUGGCACCUACAUCGCCUUCAUUGUCCUCAUGGCUACCGGAGCUGUGCUCGCCCUGCUCCUCUGCAAUGCAGGUGACAUCUACCGCCGUGACGGCAGCCGAGUUGUCAUCAUGAAGAACCCUACCUUCAAGACAGAGUUCAUUGGUCUGUGGGAAACCAUCCGCAGCGAACCUUACAUCGUCCUGCUCUUCCCGCUCUUCUGGUCCUCUAACUGGUUCACUGCAUACCAGUUCAAUGCCAUCAACGGUGCAUACUUCACUACCCGCACCAAGGCCCUCAACUCCGUCCUCUAUUGGACCUCGCAGAUCAUUGGUGCAGGCAUCUUUGGUGUCUGUCUUGAUUCUACUGCCGUCAGCCGCUCGCUCAGAGCCCGCAUCAACCUCGCAGUCAUGUUCGUGCUUACCAUGGCCAUCUGGGGUGGUGGUUACGCCUUCGCCAAGGGAUACACACGCGAGUCUGUCGAUCCUGAGGCCGGGUACAAGGGCAAGGACUGGGGUGACAGCGGCUUCGUUGGUCCCAUGUUCCUGUUUAUGUUCUACGGUUUCUACGACGCUGCCUUCCAAGCCUCCGCUUACUGGUACAUGGGUGCUCUGUCCAACUCUGGCCGCAAGACUGCAAACUACGUCGGUUUCUACAAGGGCAUCCAGUCCGCUGGUGCAGCCGUCUCCUGGGCCAUUGAUCUGAAGAAAAUUGCCUUCCUCUCCAUCUUCGCCAGCAAUUGGGCCCUUCUCGCAGGCUCUCUAGUCGUUGCUGCUCCUUUGGUUCUCAGAAUUAAGGACCACGUCGACAUCGAGGAAGAUCUCAAGUGCUCCGACGAGACCAUCGCAGAUGUCCUUCCCACCGGCCACCCGGAGAAACAGACUGUCUAG